AUGUUGGGAUUUACUCCUUCUCGAGAUGGACUGUUGCAGAUCGAAGACGAUCUUCUUUCGACCCUUGUCCUUAAGGAACCUAUUACAGGAGUUUAUGACUUGGACAAAACACCACUUGGCAGGGGUAAAUAUGCAACAGUAUGGCGAGCAGUUCACAAGAAAACUGGCACGGCUUACGCUGCAAAAUUCGUGAAGAAAAGACGAAGAAAUCAAGACCAGAUGAAAGAAAUCAUCCACGAAAUAGCCGUGUUGAUGCAGUGCAAAAUGACCAACAGGGUAAUACGGUUACAUGAGGUCUACGAAUCAAUCACCGAGAUGGUUCUAGUACUGGAAUUAGCCGCAGGCGGCGAACUACAGCACAUUCUCGAUGGCGGACAAUGCCUGGGAGAGGUGGAAGCUCGUAAAGCAAUGAAACAAAUACUAGAAGGCGUUGCUUACUUACACGACAAGAACAUUGCUCAUUUGGACCUGAAACCUCAAAACCUACUGCUAUCUGUACAAGACUGCUGUGAUGACAUAAAACUCUGUGAUUUUGGCAUAUCGAAGGCGCUUAUGCCUGGUGUAGCGGUACGAGAAAUAUUAGGUACUGCUGAUUACGUAGCUCCAGAAGUCCUCAGCUACGAACCAAUAGGCCUUAGCACCGACAUUUGGUCAAUAGGAGUAUUAGCCUACGUUCUCUUGUCGGGGUUCAGCCCCUUCGGAGCCGAUGAUAAACAACAAACUUUCCUGAACAUUUCCAAAUGUUCGCUCACCUUCGAACCGGAACAUUUUGGAGACGUUUCCAGUGCUGCGAUAGAUUUUAUCAGAAGUGCCCUUAUUGUUGACCCAAGAAAUCGGCCGUCAAUCCACGAAAUGCUCGACCAUCCUUGGAUAUCUUUAAAGAGCAACAUCGCCCCCACCUUACACUUAAAACCCUGUGAACACCAAAACAGUCAAUCGAACAAUAUAACGCCAAAAUCGACGCCGAUAACGCAACGUAAAAGUUUUGCCUGCAUCAACGACACUGGCACGGUGAAAUCCCCAGGACAACGAAAAAACGGCUUUGACACCCUCAGUAGUACUUUCACAGACUCCUCGUCAGUUCCCUCCGAUGAUGAAGAUGGAGCGUCCCUUAGCCAGAAUAGUGAAAAUUACACAGGGAUACCUUUUCUCUUCUAUUAA